AUGGUUGCAUCGUUCAAGGUCGUUAUACCUACCACUAUGAAGAAUUUAAUCGGAGAAACAGUUUUAAUUACUGGUGCUGGCCAUGGUAUUGGUCGAGAAUUAGCAAUUCAAUUAGGCUUAAUGGGUUGCAUAGUGAUCUGUUGGGACGUAGAUAUAGAUGCGAAUCGAUCGACGAUGUCUGCCGUAUCAAAAAAUGGCGGAGAGGUUGUCUACGGUUUCAUCGUUGAUGUUUCGAAGAGAUUGGAAGUACGUGAAACGAUAAGAAUGAUGAGGAAAGUUGGAAUACCGGAAAUUACCAUUCUAAUUAACAAUACGGCCGUGUUGUAUCAUCGUUCACUUCUCAAUCAUAAUUCCGAUGAAAUUGAACGGACAUUUAAUGUCAACGUUUUAUCUCAUUUUUGGACGAUAGAAACUAUACUUCCAUCAAUGUUACAACGAGGUAGAGGUCACAUCGUAGCUAUAAACAGUAUAUGUGGAAUAUGCGGAGUAUCGCAAAAAGUCCCUUACUGUGCCUCGAAAUUUGCUGUUAGAGGUCUAAUGGAAGCUCUAUACGAAGAAGUGAGAAUGAAUCCUAAAAAACUUGACAUACAUUUCACAACGAUUUAUCCGUUUUACGUUGACACAGGAUUAGCAAAAGAUCCUAAGUAUAGAUUUCCUUACAUUUUCGGAGUCGUCCCAUCGGAAUACGUAGCUCGUGAAAUUAUUAAAGCGAUUAGAAAAAAUUACACGGAAUAUUCUAUACCACGAUGUCUUCUCUCCCUGAAUGCUAUAAACAGGAUUAUUCCUGAGUCAGCAAUGCGACUGAUUCUUGAUUUCCUCGCGAACGUCGAUCAAAAGCGAAUUGAAGGAACGUUGUACCACGUCGAAAAUUAA